AUGCAGCCUUCUAAUGUGCCCCCUGCCGCUCGGCUCGCCGCCGCGUUCGCGGGGAUCAUCCUCGAAACGUUCUUCUGCGGUGCGAACAUGGUCGUGUACAUCACCGGAACGUGGUCUGUCCUCUCGCGCAAGUACCCGCAGUCUUUGACCAAGCGGGACAUCGUCUUCCUCGGCGCGAGCACUUCCAUGUGCGUGCUGGCGCUCUGGCACUGGGCAGGGGAUCUCUACACCCUCGUCCAUGCAGGGAUCACCAAAGGAUUGGACAUCGACGCGUUCGCAGCAGCGUUCAUGCAGACAGGCGGACCUCAGGGCAUCGGCUUUGCAUGGCAAUUCAUCUACGUCUCGCAGACGCUCAUCGCAGACGGAUUCAUGAUAUACCGCGCGUUCAUCGUCUGGAGACAAGAGUGGGCCGCGAUCGCUGCGCCCCUCGUGAUGCUCUUUGUGGAAGUCGUCUUCGGCUACAUUAUCGUGGCGCUGGGACUACGCCCCUCCUUCCCAAGGACGACCUACAUCGUCUGCCGCCGCGCCUUCUUCGUCCUCGCCGUCGCCACCAACCUUCUCGCGACUGGUCUCAUCCUCCAGCCCAUCCUGAUCUCACGCCGCGGCGCGCGCGAGUACCGCCCGGAGGGCUCCGCGCUGCGCACGCUUCGCUGGCGCGCGAUGGGCUACAUCCUCCAGUCCGCGGCGAUCUUCACGAUCUCGAGCCUGUGCUACAUGGUCACGAUCUUCGUGGACCCGGUCGGGUUCAUGAUCUGCCACUACCUCUUCCCGCCGGUCGUCUCGCUCGUGUUCUCGCUCACGGUAUCGCGCAUCUCGCUCGCGACGGGCGCGGACUCCUCCCCGCCCCGCCGCUCGCCGUUCGGCGCUCCUGGCGCGCGCGCGUCCUGCCCGAGCCUCCCGCUCUCCGCGCCCGCGACGGAGGAGGGCGAGGCCGGGCGUGCGGGUGCGACCAUGCGCCCGAUCGCGAUCCACGUCUCGGUGACGACGACGCGGUCGAGCGACCGGGAGAGCGUCGCGUCCUUCGACGGGGAUUCGGGCCUCAAGGAGGCCAGGGGCGACUCGGACGUGAGUGGCUUUGCAUUUUUGCGUGAGCGGCCUUGCUGA